AGGCGGUGUUUGCAACCUACAUGCAGUUAAUGUGUACUACUGAUUAAAAUAGACGUCUUAGUCGCGUGAGUCUGUCGGACCUCAGUUGUAUCGCGUUUUUUUCUGCAAUGUAUUUUCCGACAAUUUUAUUGAAGCUUGUCGUGGUACUGGGUGCUCUCGCGCUGCUGUUGCAGUGCUUACGGUACUGUCUGGAAAGUAAGCAGUACGUCUUCAAUAAAGAUGAUAUCGCAAAGCUGGCCAAGCAAUACGCAGGAUUAGACCAUGAGCUGGCUUUUUCCAAAGUGGUGCUGGAGCUGCGAAAGAAGUAUCCCGGUCACAUACUGCCAGAUGAAGACCUGAAAUGGGUUUUUGUCAACGCAGGUGGUUGGAUGGGUUCCAUGUGUUUGCUCCAUGCGUCCCUGACUGAAUAUGUUUUGCUGUUUGGAACUGCUGUGGAUACCAGUGGCCAUUCAGGUCGAUAUUGGGCUGAAAUCUCAGACACCAUUAUUUCUGGUACAUUUCGCCAGUGGAAAGAGGGAACAACAAAAAGUGAUGUUUAUUAUCCAGGUGACACUAUCGUUCAUAAACCAGGUGAAGCUACAUCUGUACAAUGGACAGCAGGAACCUGGAUGGUUGAAUAUGGCAGGGGAUUCAUCCCUUCAACUUUGGGUUUUGCACUAGCUGAUACAAUCUUUAGCACACAGGACUUUGUUACCUUAUUUUAUACACUUCAAGUUUAUAUGAAAGGAAUGUUACUAGAAGCACAUACAUAUCUUACUGAGGUUGGUGUUUUUUGAUCUUACUAGAAGAAAUGGAAUGGGUAAUAUUUCUUGACUUCAGCAUUUCCCACUUUUUAAAUAAUUUUUGUUAAUACUUGCUAAUUGUGAUAAACCUAGAUACUUAUGUAGACAAGCCUGAAUAUUUUUUGUAACCUUGUUUUUAAGAUUCCUAAUUCUUUAUUUAAGGAACAUGUAUUACCAUUAUAGCAAUAAUUUCAAAAUGGUUUGUUUCUUCAUUUUUAUUAAACAUCAGGCCUCAGUUAUAACUUUACUGCAUUAUCAUAGCCCAAAUAUAUUUUUGUGGUAAUGUUUUUGACAAUUCAGUUAAUUUUACUAGGGUGGUAGAAGAAUUGAAAACUUAAAUCUGUUGAGAAUUAAUGUACCCUACUGUAAGCAGGCAUACCUCAUUACAGUCUUAAUCAAGACCAGCUUAGAAGCACUAUUCCCCUAACCAAGAAGGCUAGUUUAUUGUUAAUGCAUGAAUGUAUAAUUAAAAAUUGCACCACAAAUAUUUGGCACAGCUAGACAUAUUCAGAGUACAUGUUUUAAGGAAACUCUGGCUACCAAUAGAGUGCCCAGUAUAACAAUGAUUAGGAGAUUGGACAAUAUAAGAAAUAUUUCUGGCAUUUAUAUUUCAUUCUGUUAAAGUGUAUCUCUUUGUCUACAAUGGUUGAAGUUACCCUUAUUUAAUUUGAUUUAAUCUAUGAUUACAGCUGAUCUGUCAAUCUGUUACACACUUAUUUAUAAUAUGUCACUAAUACAGUUACAUUUAUCUCUUUAUUUAGCUAGCUGGUAACCAAAGCCCCUUUAAAGCCACAUAUGCACAUUACCUCAAAAUAACCACUGGCAGGUAAGCAACGAGCACAGAAUCACUCAGACACCCAUUGAUGGAGGCUGAACCAGCCACCUUGUGAAAUGUAGUCAACUCAAAAAUUACUGGCAUUCUCUAUGAAAGUAAGCAAAAUGAAUUUAUAAAAUAUCACAUGCAGUAAGUCCUAUUUUGGACUCUCUAAAAUGUGACAAAAUGUGAGCACACUGUCAGAGGGAUCUACUUCUGCAUGCAGAACAUUUCAAGGUUCUUGCACAUCUGGGUUGUUUUGUAAUUCAGACUAUAGAUUUUCAAUGGCUUUAAUUUCAGAGAUUAAAUGGCCAUUGCAAAUUGAUGUCCGUUGUUGUUUUUUUUUGUUCCCGCAAUCAUUACAGUGUUGAUUUUCAUUUAUGUUUGGGCUCAUUGUCUUGCUAAUAGAUCUAUGUGCAGUAAAGCCUAAACCUUUGGUGCCUACCCAGGUACUUAAUGGAAUUUCAUCAUUGUUAACAGGAGCCCCUAGACCACUAGCAGUAAAACAACCCCAAAGCAUCUGUGAUCUAUGAGAAUAUUUUACUAUCAAUACCAGGUGUUUUUCCUUGGUUUCAGUCAUCUUUUGUUGCCAAAAUAUGCCAAAGGUGUAUUACCAAAAUGUUACAUUUUAUUUCCAUGUGACCAGAAAACAAUCCAAUGCAGUUGUUGUUCCAGUGACAUCUGUGAAAGUUCAGUCUAUCCUUCUUCACCAGGAUUGUCCAAAAUAACAUCAAGUCGAGAUAUGAAGGUCCCUAAACUCCUGCUCUCCACUAUAAGUGAGAAAGAGGGGUUGGAUGCAUGUACUAUUACAGCACAUUGCAGCACCCACCACACGACGAACCACCCGGAUAGAGAACCGAGUGCAGCCAUGCAGCGGGUGACACCUUA